CACAAGGGACAUCCGAUGAGAAUGUUAAUCUGCAUUUGGGCUCUACCCCAUAAAAAUUGGAAACAAUUGGCAUCGUAAGGGCCGCAUAGAGUAGUUACUCAAGAACCUUUCCGUUUACUGAACUUGCUAUUGGCCAUCUAACUGCACUUGAAGGCGUGUUGCUUAGCGUCGGUCGCUAUCGUUUCCAGGCUUCGGCCGUAAACUGGGUUUACACCGCGACCCCUUAUAGCGUUUCUAUACUGGCUACCACGUUGCUGCCAUGGCUAAGGCUGCAACUAUAAAUGUGAACGAUAUUUUUGCACCACCGCAUCCACAGGGUGCUUCAUCGGCGAACUCUUACGGGGAACCGUUACCAACCCUUGCAAAUUCGGCUGGCCCCGGCCCUAGCAGCCUUGGCGCCGCAGCAAAUCGACUCUCUGGUCAGGUCUUGGCUGUGUCUUCAGAAAAAGAAAAGGCAGCUAACAGAAAUGCAAUAAGCGGGAGGCGCUCUGGAGGUCCCUCGUCCGCUGCAUUACAGCCAAACCUGCUUCAAUUUAACGACGGUCGCCCACACGGCCAGCCAAGCGCUCGACUUCCACCGUUGCCACAGGGCUACGGCCCCGGCUCCUUCUCCUCCACAUCCCAGCAACCACCGGGCGCGGGCACCGCCACCAGCAGCAGCCCCCAACCGCCGGAGCCCCUGCAGCCCCUGAUCCAGCACCCAGCCAUGCUGCCCGGGCCCACCCCCGCCUCGCACCCCUACCACCCAAAGCGCAAGCCGCCCAGCGCCUUCAUGCGGAACAACCACCUGCGUCACUUUGACGUGCACCUGCACCAUCCCCACCACCAAAGCGCCGGUCCCAGUCGCUCCUACGGCUCCUUCGACCCCACCUACGCGACCCAGUUCGCAUCCGAUCAGCAGCAGCAGUACGCAGAGGCGGUGGUGGCGGCGGCGGCGGAGGCCAUGGCGCAAAGCGACUGGGGCGACGGCGGAGGUGGCGGCGGCGGCGGCGGGGCCGCGGGGACCUUCCCUGGCGGUCCGCCCUGGGGCGUCAGCAGCGUCAGCGACCUGGAGGCGCUGGACUCCAUCCUGGAUCAGCUGGUGGUUGUGGACGCACGCAUGCGGAAAGCGCUGCUGAAGGGGCCGCUAAUUUCAUUUGAAACCGUGGUUCCGGAGCAUAUCCUGAACGGCGGCAUGAUGCAGCCCAUGCAGCAUCAGCGGGGCGGCGGCGGCGGAGCAGCGGGAGCAGCACCAGCAGCCGGGGCGGAGGAGGACAAGGACCGCAUCUUCAUCACCGCCGUGAAGGGCAUUGCAGAGGAAGGGGAAGAAGAGGAGCAGCCACAGGCAGCAGCAACAGCAACAGCAACAUCAUCCCCCCGGCCGCCAGCAGACGCCGUGUCAGCAACAGCAACAGCCUCCAUCCAGCCCACGCCGCGGCCGGUCUCCGACAUGCUCCCCGCAGCACACCAGGACGUGGCCAUCGCGGAAGCAGCCGCAGCGGGGGCCGCCGCCUCCUCACUAGGCGCUGCCGGCGGCGAGGGCGGCGACCCCCUGGAGACCGCCAUGUUCCGACCCGCCAUCCCCAACACCACCCUGCAUCCCACCUUCACACGAGCCUACCUCGCCUCCAAGCUAGCUGCCAAAGCGCAGCUGCUGCCGCCGCCGCCGCCCGCCACCGCGGAGCACCUGCUUCGCUCGCGACCGCCCGCCUUCAUCGCCGCGCCCUCGUACGACCAGCUCUGUUCACAGAUCCGCGACGUGCAGCGGCAGUACACCUGUGGUACCUCACGGCCCAGCAACAGCGGCGCCGGGACAGCGGCGGCAGCGGCGGUGGCGGCGGGUCCGAAUGUAGGCGCGAUCGUGGCCUCCGCGCCGCCCACCGCCAGUGCUCUGAUGGCGAAUCUGCUGUCGGGUGGCACCAACAGCCAGUACAUCAGCGGGCUGGAUGGGCCGACGCUGGAGGAGGUGGUGGCGCACCAGGACCUGCCCAUCUGCCUGGAGCGGGUGCGGCCAACGUUCGUGGCGCUCAAGACCAAGGCGGGACGCGCGCCCUCCCCCAAGCGGAGAGGGAGUCCUGGCGGUACCCGGACCCUUGGAGGCGGAGGAGACGGGGCGGACGAGGCUGGCAGCCGCGGGCUGUCCGGGCGAAGGCUGUAGGCAGGCAGGGCUAAGGGGCGUGACAAGUUGGCGUUGGAGCGUGUGUAAAGGAGGGCUGCGUUUUGGGGCAAGUUUGGUGGACGCAACGAAUGCCAGUACUGAAAGAUGUGCUGCUGCUGCUGCUGCGAGAGGUACCAGAUUGCCUCGUCUGCCUCGUCCAAGAGCUUUUUUUCCUUGGCGGAGGUUUCCACGGUUUAAAAAUGUUACCGACCCAACAGCUGUAAUACUUCUUUAUGUGACUCGUUAAACGCUAUUAGGAUACAUACCGUGGUAAAGUUCUGACAGUUUCAAUCGUGUCAAAACAUGGCAAUAACUAAGCCAACGCAGCCUGGUCGUCCGCGCUCUAAGGCCUGCUGGCCCCGAAACACAGCCCUAGCUUUCCUGGCCUUGGUUGGCGUCGUCUUGUUGGGAACGGCGAUCGUGCAAGAUACGAGAACCGGGCGACUGCUGUCAUCUGCCGGUGGCGGUACAGCUGGCGGAUCCCUGAAAUCAGACCACAUGGACCUUCACCGCCGCUCCAUGCAGGACCUGUUUAGCGCCGCCCAGGACGACCCAAACACUGCUGCUGCCAUGAACGAUGACACUCCGCUGCUGCCGUGGGCUGAGGCGGACCUCCAGCCCGUCCCGGAUUAUACACUGCGACAAUCGGCUGCCCAAGACCCCACCCCCGGCAUCUACGGCGCCUAUGACACGCGGCAAGGGCUGCCAGGGUAUGGCUCCUACACCACACGGCAGGGGCUGCCAGGGUACGGCGCUUACUAAGCAGCGCCGUGUCCUGUCGUGAUGCUAUGAAGUCGCCACUUAACAACGUGUGUCUAGAGCGGCAGAAUGGAGGACAAUUGCAUGAGGAGCUUUGACCCAAAGCUGGAUGUGGAUUGAGUACCAGUAUUAAGGUUCCUUGUAGUGACCCUGUAUAACAGCUGGCAUGCCGAGUGGGGGGUGCAUGGUUGGCUAGUGCCGGCGCUGGGGGGUGAUGUCCCCGGGGCAAAUGGUGACGAACAGCAGGCUACAUACAUUCAGCAGCAUUCUGCAUUUUUAUUCAUGAUCCGCACUGGCCCGCAUUAUCCGUACAUACAUAUCUUUGCCGACACUUUAUUUAGUGUGACAGUAUGAUUACCACCAUAGGCAUGUCCAGAUGAGAGGUUGCAAUGCCCCGUCGUACUAUGUACAAAGUAAUGUUGCCUA